GCUCCGACACAAUGGAACACAUUAAUCAUUAAUUAGGCUAAUUUAGUUUAUUCGUAAGACAAAAAAGAUGAUUUGCACUGUUGAUCAACACAAACAUGAACCACUGCUUGAUCUCACCACUCAUUUGGUCUCCAAGGGCCUCGCAAGACCCCCGGUCCAUCCCUGCCAACGAACCAUUUCCCAUCAAAACCACUCUGAGUGACUGCCCACCUCUCGACCACUGAACGCAGACCAACCCAGCACAAGAUCCACGCAGUGUUUCCAAAGGAAGCUUGAAAGUAUAAAAAUAUACGUGAGGGAAACAAACGCAACUGCAGUGAAACCAAGUUUUCUUUGGGGACUAUUUUGCCUCAGAACACCCAGAAUGUGCCCCUCCACCGUGAGCGGAUCACAGUAAAUGGAUUAAGUGGUUUUAGGCCACAUGUUGACCACAAAACUAGAACUGUGAGGCAUCAGGCAGUGAAUUCAGAACCACUUCAGUGAGGAGCUUUUAGAGGGGACGUCUGGUUCCCAUCACCACCACUGUGAGCAGUUCUGACUCGGUAAGUUUCUCUAGAACAGAGCGUUUCACACCGAACCGCCCUGAACGGCCCUGUUUACAUCUCAAAGAGUAAAUUAGGAAGGAAUUCAGAAAAAUGGGCGGAGUUCCCCUUUAAGAACACUCGAGAACGUGUGGUCCUGCUUGCCCGGAGUGGCCUUCAUGGCGUAAGGCUUCCCUUUCGAACUUUUGGAAUUUUCCCGUUCCACCUUAAAUGGAGCCAGCAGUUACAUUCUGGCGCCCCAUUUAAGGUGGAACGGGAAGAUUCCAAAAAGAAGCCGGAGUAUUUUAGACCCAGCCCCGCUGUGGCUCCAUGUUCCUCUGCCAGGUGAGCGGAGCAGGUGGAGCUGUUGUUACGCGGCGGGGUGGAGCUCCAGGUUCCCGCCUCCACUCCUCCACACUUCACGGUGAACGUCGGCGGCGAGGAGAGACGCUGGGCAGGAGGCGUCGAGCGAUGGCCACGGACUUCAACCAGGACUCGGUGCUGCGCUUCCUGCUCGGCCGCGGAGGGAGCGCGCGCAACGCCGAGCUCCUCACGCACUUCACGCGCUUCCUGCGCGAGGAGGAGGACGAGAGGGCGCGCGCGCGGAACCGCGAGCUCUUCAAGCGCUACGUGAACGGCGUGGCCACGGUGGUGAAGCGGGACGGCGGCGUGUCGUACGUGGUGCUGAAGAGGAGGUACCAGCAGCGACUCGGAGACGCCGCCAAGCCGUCCUCGAGAGGCCGAGGCGAGGAGAGCGCGCCGCGGAGAGGCGAGGCUCCCACCCAGAGGAAGCCUCUCAGGAACGCCGCUCCCGACACGCCUGGCGUCCUGCCAGCCGCCGGGAUCGUCAACGACAACAACAACGACGUGGAGGCUGUCAACUUGGAGAGGUCCGUCAGACGCCCCUCACCGCCGGCGCGAGCCAGAGACGCCCCCAGGUUUAGCCCGGACUCUAAGCGGUCGAGCGGCAGCGGCCACAGCUCUGAGGAGUGGAAAGGCCCAGUGGAGACGCACAAUAGUGUUUACAGUGCCAGACCUGGACAAUUGAGAGAAGUGGAAGGUUUCGGCCAGACGUCACCUCGCGCUCCUUUCCAGGAGGUGAGCUUGACCCCUCCGCUCCUGGACGGGCCAAUUCUUUAUGAGUCAUGCGAUGAGCCGUAUGAGGGGCCGGAGCCAUCUCCUUGGCCUUUUCCCAUCCCUCUCGGACAGUCCCAGAUUUCCGCCUCCAGUCCGUGUUUGGCCGACAUCCCCGGCGCCGUCUCCAGCUUGCAGCCUUGCAGGCAGGGAGGUCUGAGCCAGAGCAACGACAGCUUCCUCACGCCGAAUCGCUUUGGUCAGUUCUACAUCGACGAAGAAGAAAAUUAUGAGGCGACAGAAGUUCCGAUCAACCCUGCGCACCAGAGGCGCGGUCUGCCUUCGCAAACCCUGCACCCUCCUGAGCUCAGCCAGUACCAAGGCCUUUGCUCCAGCCAGAACAGCCUUCCUCUGCCCUCCUCCGCAGACUCCGACUGGCCCCGGGUGCUCUUGCGGGACAGCUGGUCCAGUGAGGAUGUGCGAAACUAUCAAGGCGUCAUCUUGGAAGGUGGAGAGCAAGUGCGGAACACUGUCCGUCAUUCUCACGAAGCUGAGCUGUUGUCGCAGUUCCAUCGUCCAGAACGUCUGGUCACACCUUGGCACCACUCCACCGGACACCUUGACGAGGAACCUCGCGCACCUGCUCCAGGUUCGAUGCCAGAGGAAGGGGCCCGUCUUGGACCCGUCGCACGGCGACUGUCUCACCGCAUGCAGAGCCGCAUGUGUCGGAGUCUGGGCUCAGACCUGGAUCAAGCCUUCCGUGAGGGCAGUGACAGCAGCCGACUUAAGAGACUUCACCGGAUCUCCUCGUUCCUCAGCGUCACCUCCAUCUCCUCCAGCCGGACACACAGCACCCUGGACGGGUUGUCCUCCGCCGGCUCCACUCGCAGCCUGGGUCACGACUCCAUGUCCUUCAGCUCCCGACACUCCCAGGUUCCCUUGGAGCCCCGGGAGCACGAAUGGUUUGUGAAGGCGGCGUCAGGCAACUGGAGUGACAUCUACGCCCUCUUCAGAGAGGAUCACAACCUGCUGAACAAGCGGGACAUCAUUUCUGGAUACACUGUCCUGCACUGGAUCGCCAAGCAUGGGGACCACCGGGUCCUGAACACGCUGUCCUACGGCGUGAGCAAGGCAGGGAUGACGCUGGACGUGGACGCUAAAAGCGCCUGCGGCUACACGCCUCUGCACCUGGCCGCCAUUCACAGCCACAAGAGCUUCCUCCGGGUCUUGGUGCACAAGUUCAAGGCCAACGUGGCCCUCAGGGACAGCAGUGGCAAAAAGCCGUGGCAGUAUCUGGAGAAGUGUGACGACUGGGACUUAUUGGAGCUGCUUGGCGCUCCCCGGAGGACUUCUGGGGGUGGUGCAGGGGGGCAGUGGUCUGCGGAGAAACCCCCAGUUCUCUCUAGCGCUCCAUCAGCAGCUACAGUGAAGAGACACUCGUCACUGGCUGCAUUGUUCAAACACAAGUCUCAUCUCAGGAUCUCGGCCAACUCUGAGACCUUCUUGUAAACGUGGGUCGUCGGAACGUCAACAAGUGGUUCUCCCUGCUAUAAUGUGACCAGUGCACCUCACGAGGGUUCUGUUAUGGGGCUGGUAUCGCAGGGGAAACACUAUCUUGUGCAGUGCGGUGGUCAAGACUGGACUUUGAUACCCCGACUCUUAACUGGGGCUGGAAGGGAACAGCGCCACCUUAACCAGCACGGCUGUUUUCAGUUUACUUCAUAUUGGAAACACCUUUUGUUUGUCCUUUAUUUGUAAGCGGGCGAUGGACACUAGAGGUUAAACUGUCCACUUUUCUAACUCUCUCAGCCAGUAUUGACCGCCUGACUCGGUAACGAGGCUGAGUGUUAAUUCCACACGGUUUAUUAAAAAGUUUUGGGCACUUCG